UAUAUCAUUUGAAAGAGAGCGUGUGAGAAAAAAGAAAAAAGAUGGUGGUGAAGGUCUAUGGUCCUAAUUAUGCUUCACCCAAAAGGGUGAUUGUGUGCCUUAUUGAGAAGGGUAUUGAAUUUGAGACUGUACCAGUUGAUCUCUUCAAGGGAGAAAACAAAAGCCCUGAAUAUCUCGAGUUACAGCCUUUUGGAGAGCUUCCUGUGAUUCAGGAUGGAGAUUACAUUUUAUUUGAAUCAAGAGCAAUCAUAAGGUACUAUGCAGAGAAAUACAAGUCCCAGGGAACUGAUUUGCUUGGGAAGACAAUAGAAGAGAAGGGUCUAGUGGAUCAGUGGCUAGAAGUUGAGGCACACAAGUACCAGCCACCACUGUACGACAUGGUGGUCCAGAUCCUGUUUUUCCCCAAAAUGGGAAUUCCCAAAGACGAAAAUAAGAUGAAAGAGAAUGAAGAGAAGUUGUCAAAAGUGCUGGAUGUGUAUGAGGAGAGGCUGUCAAAGAGCAAAUACUUGGCUGGUGAUUUCUUUAGCCUUGCAGAUCUUAGUUACCUGCCAUUCACUCAGUACUUGGUUGGUCCAAUGGAGAAAGGGUAUAUGAUAAGGAAUAGGAAGCAUGUGAGUGCUUGGUGGGAUGAUAUUAGCAGCAGACCAUCCUGGCAGAAGGUCCUCUCCUUCAACUUCAACCCUUAGAUUCCUUAUGGGGCUUGGUGGUGGUGGUUGUGGGUGUGUGUUUACUAUGUUUUUUGUCUUGUAAUAAUCCCCUCCAUUGUCUGGAAACACUUGCUUUGUGUUGCAGACACUAGUGGGGUUUGGUUGGAGUUUUGAAAAGUAUGCAUCACGGGGUUAUAAAUAAAGUUGUCGUUUUUCUUCUCUUA